AUGAUGCACACCCACUCUCACUUCUUGCUGGGAAAACAAUACCUCAAACUGCAGACAGCGGAUCUAAAAGUGAGUUUUUACUAUAUUUUUAUGUAUCCAUCAUAUCUUAAGAUAUUAGGUCAUUCCACUUGUGUGUGCUCAUAAGAAGAAAUCUCUCACAGGAAACAAGUGUGUAUUCAUGUCACCUUCAAAUAACCAGUGAAGCGCUGAAAGUUUUUAUUUCUUUUUUUUUUGGACAAGGGAUUGGAGGCCAAGCCAGUAAGUGACAGCCUGCUUGAAUGGGAGGCUAAAGUGGAGGGACUGAAGGACACUUUGUGGGAAGGUGUGAUAUGGCCAUGAAGUGUUCAGCAUCCACAAAAUAAUAUUGAUGAUGAUGAUCAGCUAGUGACGAUGAUUACAUGGUGUCUACAUUUAGGGCUUGGUGUCUGAACUACCAAAAGCAUUAAAAAAAAAAGAAAAAAAAAGCAAAUUCGUUUUCAAAUCUAUCUGUUCUAUAAGGUGCUGUUUUGCUGCUGACAUUGCAUUUCAGUGAGGCUUACAACUCUGUCCCUCCAACUGUCGAGUUCAACGCCAUCCCUUUCCACCCCAAUGGUGAGUUCCCGCCAAUAUCUAUUGCCAUAAUAGUGUCAUAAAAAGGAAAAGUGUUUCAUUUCACCCUGUACAUGUCUGUUGUGACUGAAGUGGACAAGGACACAGGUAGCCCAUGUAUCCCCUGCCUGGACAGCGAGUGGAACCCCAGCAUCUCAAUUAGCAGUAUUCUUCUCAGCAUCCAGGUUGGCACCCACGUUACUGCACAUUUUGAGAUACAGCAGCCUGGUCUCAUAGACUAGACGUAACAUAGUAAACGCAAAGGACACUUAUAUGGUUAUGUUAUGUUUGGUAUGGUUACGUAAGACAGAAGGUUACUUAAGGCUAAAAUGAAAGUAGGGUGGUUGGUCGGAACAGAUCGGUGGGCGUAUAACACGUCGUCUAGCAACCCAAAGGUUGCAUGUUUAAAUCUCAUCACGGACAACUUACGCAUUUUAGCGAAUUAGCUACUUUGCAACUACUUACUACUUGUUAGCUACUUUGCAACUUCUUAGCAUGUUAGCUAACCCUUCCCCUAACCCUAACCUUAACCCUUUAACCUAAUUCUUAACUUUAACCCUAACCUUAACCCCUACCCUAGUUAACGUUAGCAUUAGUCACCUAGCCACCUAGCUAACGUUAGCCACAACAAAUUAGUGCAAAUUCAUAACAUAUUUUAGGAAUUGCAAUUGCUAACAUAUUAUACAAAUUGUAAUUCGUAACAUAUCAUAUGAAAUGGAUGAUGGACAUCCACAAAUGAAUACCAUACGAAACGUAACAUAUCAUACUAAUUGGUAUCAUACUAAUUGGAGGGUCCCGGAUUUACAUUUACUAUGUAAUGUCUACCCCUGAGUCCAGGUUGGAUACAGCCCUUCCAUAUAACCAGUCACUUUAUAUAGAGUAGCUACAGUAACUAGGGCCUGAAGGAAUUUGCAGGAUUAUCUCUUAUCAAUAUUUUUUAAUUGCAAUGUUGUUGUCUGUAUAUUUAAUAAAUUAGACUGCAUUUAGUUUAAUUUUGUUGCAGUAUUUGGUGCAAUUGUUAGUCUAUUGUGAUAAAGAUAGAACUAUUACAUACUCGUUUUAAAAAAGCCCUGCCACUUGCAGUGUUCAUAGACCCCAUAGUAGUAGUGUAGUAGUAUCAAGUCUCUGUAUGGUCUCCUCUCCUAUGUCCCCUCUAGACCAUGCUGUCCAACCCAGUCCUGGAGGGAGCGGUGAACCCCGAAGCUGCUGACAUGCUCUGGUCCAGCCCAUCCACCUACCACCGUGUGGUGCUGGACUGUGUCAAGGCCAGCCAGGAACUGGAGAGUGAGUGA